AUGGACCUGCAGAGGAGGAGAUGGGCAAGAAGGUCAUCCGCCACCACUUCGUAUCAGAGUCACACCCUCGUUGUUAAAAAUGGUCAUGAACAACUACAGAAAGGAUCAGAAAUGAAAAAUAUUAAAUUCAAUGCUGAGAGUGUGCACAGGCCAACAAAUCUGAUUUGUGAACUUCUGCUUCAGAUUAUUAGGAAGGCUCUAACAGAGGAAAAACAAGUGUCCACGAAGACAUCUGCAGCAGAUCUUGUGACAGAAACUGAUCAUUUUGUGGAAAAUUUAAUUAUUUCUGUUCUGAAAGAGAAGUUUCCCUCCCACAGGUUUAUUGCAGAAGAAUCAACUGCUGCUGGUUCAAAAUGUGUCCUUACUGACAGUCCGACCUGGAUUAUUGACCCUGUUGAUGGAACGUGCAACUUUGUGCACAGAUUUCCAACAGUGGCAGUGAGCAUUGGAUUUGCUGUUAACAAAGAGCUUGAAUUUGGUGUAAUUUACCACUGCACUGAAGAACGAUUAUACACUGGUAGAAGAGGUCAAGGGGCAUUUUGUAAUGACAAAAGGCUUCAGGUAUCAAAAGAGACAGAUAUCUCGAAGGCCUUAAUUUUGACAGAAAUUGGUCCAAAACGUGACCCUGCAACUUUGAAAUUGUUCCUUGGUAACAUUGAGAGAUUGCUGAAGGCCCAAGCACAUGGGGUCCGUGUCAUUGGGAGCUCAACCCUGGCUCUGUGCCAUUUGGCGUCCGGCGCUGCAGAUGCCUAUUACCAGUUUGGGUUACACUGCUGGGACUUGGCAGCGGCAACGGUUAUUAUUAGAGAGGCAGGUGGCACUGUGAUAGAUACUUCAGGGGGACCUCUGGAUCUUAUGUCCUGCCGAGUGAUCGCUGCGGGCACUAGAGAGAUGGCUAUGUUCAUAGCUCAGGAAAUACAAACUAUUCACUACAGACGGGAUGAUGAAAAUUAAAUACUUACAAUAUGGAGUCUGCCCUCCUGAACUAUGUAACUUUUGCAAGAUGAGUGGUUUAAAGGGUAUGUGAUUUCAGCAGGAUGCUUUCUGUGGAGAUUUUCAGUGUCAAAUAUUUUUUAUAAAUUUAUUACAAUGUGGGAAGGCAUAGGGAGAUUUUUAAACCUCUAAGAAUCAUGUUUCCUUUUUAAUAUGUAUGUCUUUCAACAGUAUCUUUUUUAUAAGAUAGAAUAUUUUACUUGUAGCAAAUUAGUCUCAAAAUUAAGUUGUAAUUUCAUAUCUGUGGGCCUGAUGUUUAGUCUUUUGUAACAUGCAGCUAAAAAUGGAACUUUAUUUUUACAGAUGCAGAUCUCAGGUAAAUGAGCUUUAGGACUGUAGUAAGGACGAGUAGUUAAGAUGUGUGCCUAUAAUAUCCUUGUUCUAUGAUACUUAAGAAUGCAAUAAAAACGACAUUAUUGUUUCCUAACUAUGUCAUAGCUGUAUAUCCAUAUAUAUGUAUACAUACAUGUAUGUCUGUAUGUGUGUAUAUAUACACCUAUACAUGUAUAUGCAUGUAUACACAGACAUACCCGUGUGUGUAUAUGU